AGAGAUUAUUUGGAAUAAUGUGUUGAGUCUGUACACUUUUGACAAUAAAAAGCCCUAUGUAACCCCGAUGCCAUGCAUGUACUCCAGAGGAGCCACUUGGGACACGGAAUCAACGAUGGACGCUUGGUGUGCAUUGCAAGCUGGUAGUGUAUUUGUGGGACUCUACAGGGAGAGGAAUAUGAAGACUUGACAAGAGAUGAGAGAAAGAGGAAGCGGGAGGCCCGCACACGGAAGCAAUUUGUGCGCAGACGUUCCUGGGCUAGGAGAGGAGCCUUCGGGUUGCUGCAGAGACGGUCACCCGCGCCUGCUGCACCUUCACCGGCGGUGCGGAGAACUGCAGCGCGGCUCGGCGCACGGGCUCGCGAGGGCUGCGCAGCCACCGCGGUGUGCAGGACGGGGAGCGGCGGCUGACAUGGCCGCUGGGCGUCCCAGUGCCCGCCCCGGCUGGGGGCCCUGCCCUGCCACUAUCUCCGAGGCUUACCGCCGGUGCCUCCCGGCAGGGCGGCUCCCCCAAAAACCGCCCGCAGCCAGCCCCGUGGAGCUGCACCCGCCCCCGCCCCCAGGACCGGCCCCUCGCGGACAGGGCCAGGACUUCCCUGGGCGGCUGCAGCCGUGAGCCACCCCUGUUUUGUUAAACCCACACUCUGCCAUUCAGGCUACACUUGCCCGUUGCCAUGGGCAUUUUCUGUGUUGUUGACACAAGCAGGGACACGGAAUCCCUUGACUUUGAGUUGCAGAUCAUGGGUGUUGGCGUCUCCCCUGUGUUACCAGGAAGGGUGGAAGGGGCUUCAGCCUCCAUUCUCACUUUCCUUGUCAAGGAGUUGGCUAAGCACCAGGAGUUUUCUCUUAAGCUUCUCUCAGGUCCCCUUUCCAUAAGAGGUGAAAAGUUUUCAGAGAGGUGGGCAGCUUUCUCUCUAUUCUCAAGGGACCACUUCACACACCCCCUUUUCACCUCCAGAGUAGAUGGAACUGUGGAACCAUGGAACCCUGCCCGCUGUUGCUUCUGUCAUCCCCUACUGGGACCAGAGCCACAAAAGCCCUAACUCUCUCCAGCCUGCAGGCAUCCCAACAAGAGUAAGCGAGGAGGCAGAGACCAGGAGGACAGCAAGAGGCUUG